UAAACUUUUGAAUGGAAGGAAAAUAAAAAUUCCUUGGCAAAUUUAUUGCUUUUUUCUAAAAGAGUUUUCACAAGAUUCAUAAAGUAUUUUUCUGUGUAUUUACAUUUACAUUUACAUUUACAUUUAUGCAUUUGGCAGACGCUUUUAUCCAAAGCGACUUACAGAGCCCUUAUUACAGGGACAAUCCCCCCGGAGCAUCCUGGAGUUAAGUGCCUUGCUCAAGGACACAAUGGUAGUGGCUGUGGAAUCGAACCAACGACCUUCUGAUUAACAGUUGUGUGCAUUAGCCCACUACACCAUAACCACUACCUAUUUGUUUUCUUACACUCAGGAUGGCAACUCCAUUCAGUACCCCAGCACUUCUUCGGUGCAAGUGUGUGGAAACCACCAUAAGCCGAAGAACAGUCACUUACACAAUGAAAGGAAAAAAAAUUUAAAAAUCCACAAUUAGAACAACAUCAAUUAGUGCCCUUACAGAUGGUAAAAUAGUUUACCUGAGUAAAAAGAAUGGCCUUGACCCAUUGUUUGAGGAGGGGGUAAGCUAUAUAUUAAAUAAUUACACCCUCUCAAACACAUAUGGCCAGAUGUAUUUGUUUGUUGGCCCUGGGACUCUAAAAUUUAAAACAGUUCCACUGGAUGUAACGGAGGAGGCAGAGAGAGCUGCGAGGGAGGCCCUGUGUCCACCUUCACCUAUAAUGAGUGGUGAAGAAGUGGACAUAUUUUCUAAAGGAGGAUAUUUGAGUCUCCAAGGGCAGAUCAAAGAAUUGCGGGGGGUGAGGAUGACUCGAGCACACAUUCCUGUCCUGGAUCUGAGUUUGAAGUGUGGCCAAAGCCUCCUCGAUGUGUCUCUGUGGAGGGAUGAGGCACUGUUUGACCUUUACACAGGAGACGAAGUGGUUCUUACCCACCUUCGCCCCUGUAUUUUGCCUAAUGGUAAAGGCAAAUUUCAGUCUUCCAACUACACAACUCUGAAGAUUGCAGAAGGGCAGAUCGUGGAGAAAGAGGUGGACAUAAUUGGAGUCUCGGAUAUGAAUCAAAUGUGCAACCUGCUUAGCAGUGAUUUGGAUGUAUACACGGUACCUCAACACAUCUACUGUGGUAGCAUUGACAGACUUGUUCACAAUCUGCCAUUGAAAAUAAUUAUAAAGCACAUCAACCAGCGUGUGAUAUCUAUAGAAUCAGUUCAAGCAUAAUUUUUAACAUGCUCAGUGCAUUUGUUUUAUGUUAUAUAAAAAGUUGUUAGUUUGUGCUUUCAUGAAUGUAAUUUUUUUACAAUGUGAAUUAG